AAAAAAAAAUUCCGCCUGGCAGUCAGGGGUGCUGGGCGGAGCUCCCUCCGAAUGGCGAACUCGGCGCACCGCAACACUCGCCGAAGCCGAAGCCAGAGCUGCCACCCACAUAACCCAACCCCCAAAACAUAAUGCCGCUCCCAGCCGCAGCAGCAGCAGCAGCAGGCAGGGCGGCGCUGCUCCGCGGCGUCGGCCGCCACGCGCGCGGGGCCGCCCGGCGUCCAUCCCUGUCGACUACAUUGUCGUCGUCGUCGUGGGCGUGGGCGUCGUCGCCGCUCCAGCGGCGGUGGGCGCAGGUGCACGACGUGCGCUUCGUGGCCACCACGCAGGCGCCGCGCCGCGUGCUCGACAAGUACCGCGACAAGCUCGACCGCAAGGCGCGCGACGAGGGGCUCGCCGGCAUCGACCAGCUCAAGGCCGCCUACGCCGACCGCAUCCGGGAGCAGCGCAAAGCCGACGCCGUCUCCGUGCCGGGGCUGGAUGAGCUGCUCGCCGCCGACGGGCUGGGGCCAAGCGAUGCGGCGGCAGUGCCUGAGGCUGCCCCGGCUUCCACUACCGCCACCACCACCACCCCUAAAAACGACAACAGCAACAACCCCUCAUCCCCGGGCGGCCCCCAGUCGAGCAGCGCCGGCGCCGGCCAGAUCACGCCGCUGUCCGAGAUCCUGGACCUCCCCAAGGCGCGCGCCCUCCCCGUGGCGGAGCUAACGUCCCUCUGGCGGCGACAGCACGCCGGCGUCGCCGACAGCAUCUGCGCUGUGGUGCCCGCGGCGACGUACGCGGGCAUGGAGGCGCUGGCGCGGCUGCGGCCGCAGUUCGUGCUGCCCGUGCCGCACCCGGACGCGGGCGCCGAGGUGCACUUUCUGCAGUGGACCUUUGACGCCGCCACGCGCACCGCCACCGUGCUCUUCACCCAGCUGGCCGAGUACAAGGCCCGCGGCGAGUUCGCCCAGCCCCACACCACGGCCACCCACUACACGGACCUGGCGGCUGGCGGUGACGGCGGUGACGGCGGCGGGGUGGUGUUGAUGAGGGGUGUCGUUGACGGCCGCCGCGGCGUCAAGGUCGCCGACGCGCAGUGGCUGCUCAUGUGUCUGCAGCGCUUCUACGGCGGCGGCGGCGGUGGUGGCGGCGGCCGGGACGUGGCGGCCGCAGGGACCGACGAGAGGGCGGCCGAGAGGAGGAAGCUCCUCGAGUGGUUCAGCACGGGCGACGAGCGCUUCAGCAUAGAGAAGCUCCUCGAGGAGACCGAGAGGCUGGGCUGAUCAGGCCACGCGGCCCAGGCAUGUAUUGUAUUUCCAAAAUGCCAAAACAAACAUGCCACACGAGAUGAUUUUUCACGCCAAAUAUGCACCAUCAACUACAGCUUCGCCCCGUCCUUGCGCUCCUCCUGCUUGACCAUGUCGCGCAGGACCCGGCGCAGGAUCUUGCCGCUGGGCGACUUUGGGAUCUCGGGCACAAAGACGACGCCGCCGCGCAGCCUCUUGUGCGGCGCCACCUUUGUCGCGAUCCAGUCGGCAAUGUCCCUGGCCCUGGCCUCGGCCUCCCCGGCGGCCGCAGCGCAGGGCUGCUUGAGCACGACGUAGGCGCGCGGCACCUCGGUCGCGGCCGCAUGGUCCUGGACGCCGACGACGCCGCAGUCGAGCACGUCGGCGUGGCCGAGCAGCAGGCCCUCUAGCUCGGCCGGGGCGACCUGGAACCCUUUGUACUUGAUGAGCUCCUUGAGGCGGUCGACGCAGUACAGGUUGCCGUGGCGGUCGCACGUCACGAUGUCGCCCGUCUUGAAGAAGCCGUCCUCGGUGAUUGCCUCGCGCGUCAGCUCGGGCCGGUUGAGGUAGCCGGCGAACACGUUGGGGCCCCGAACCCAGAGCUCGCCGGGCUUGUCCUCGCUGCCCGGCGACGACCCGGGCACGAUCUCGGCCCCGUCGUCGGGCGAGACGAGGCGCGCCUCCAUGCCGGGCACCAGCUUGCCGAUGGAGCCCAUGAAGCGGGCCCAGUCCUCGGGCAUCUGAAUGGACACGACGGGCGACGUCUCGGACAGGCCGUACCCUUGCUUAACGGGCAGCUUCAGCCGGUCCCAGAGCGCCUCGGUCAGCUCCCUGGUCAGGGGCGCGGCGCCCGAGUGCAGCAUCUUGAGCGACGUGAGGUCGUACUUGUCCACUAUCGGGCUCUUGGCGAAGGCCAGCACCACGGGGGGAGGCACGUAGAUAUAAGUGACGCGGUGCUUCUCGAUCAGCUGGCACGCCCUCUCCAUGUCGAACCGCUCCAUGAGGAUAACCUCCCAGCCGGCGUACAUGGUCAUCAAGAUGCACGAUACCCAGUAACCUGUCGCCCUUGCCAUCGAAGCCGCCAUGAGGCAGCAGGUGCUGUCCGUCGGUCCUAACGCCCUGCAGGAUGUUGGCGACGAUGUUGCGGUGCGUCAGGCAGACGCCCUUGGGCAGGCCCGUGGUCCCGGAGCUGUAGACCAAAAAGGCAAGGUCCUUGGCCGGCUCGACGAGCGUCUGCGCGUACCGGCUGCAGUAGAAUGUGGCCCUGAUGCUGCUAAAGUGCUUGUACCGGUGGUGCUGCUGCUGCCGCGGCGACGACGAGUCCGACUCCGACUCCGACUCGGCUUGCUGCUGCUCACCGAUCAGGAUGAUGCGGUCAUGGGGUAUCCCAGCCGCGGCCGCAGCCCGCGCGGCGACGUUGAGGAAGGGCCGCUGGGUCACGAGGGCCUUUGCGCCCGAGUCGCGCAGCUGGAAGGCGAGCUCGUCGGCCGUGUAGAGCGGGUUGGCGGGCGAGGCGACGCCGCCGGCCCACAGCAGGCCGGCCGUGAGGAUCGGGGUGUCGACGCUGUUGGGGGUGUAAAAGGCCAGCACGUCGCCGCGCCGCCAGCCCCAGAGCGCCUUGAGCCCGUGGCCAAAGUCGAGGGCGGCGCUGCGCAGGCGCCCGUAGUCGAGCGUGUGACCCGUCCGGCCGUCGGUGAAGAGGACCUUGCUGUCGAGGAAGGGCUUGGACUCGCGCUCGAAGAGGAGCGUCCAGAGGUCGACGUCGGGCACGUCGAGGGGGGAGUAGGGCGACGAGAUGGGCAUGGUUUGUUUGCGUUUUCGUUGGGAGGGGGGUUGUUGGUUCGAGGUAAGGAUGGCGGGUGAGAUGGCCGAGGAGAAGAAUUGGCCUCCUUAGCUCUAGCUUUAAGUUAAGCUUUGGCUUCCCCCGAGGUCGCCGGCUUGCCUCGGCAUUUGUGUUUCAUUGAGCUGAGCUGAGCUGUGCUCACCCCGCACUGUCUGCACAGCCGUCCGUGGGGGUGCAGGGGUAGCUCAAGGGGCGCCUACAGGUCCAAAUCCGGGGUAGCCCGACCGUGUCUUGUGACUUGGUUGAAUCACCAACAGUUCAUCAAAAGCCCUUUGCCAAUGGCGGUGUGAAGUGACAUUAUGGAUUUGUUCGAGCAUUGCUAAAGGUCUUUCCUCA